AUGGCUACUGUGGAAAAACUCCAAGAGGAAGCUUCUUGUUCCAUCUGUUUGGAGUAUUUCCAAGACCCGGUGUCUAUACACUGCGGGCACAACUUCUGCCGAGCCUGCAUCACUCAGUGCUGGGGCGAACUGGCCACAAACUUCUCCUGCCCGCAGUGCAGACAGACCGCCCAGCAGAGAAACUUCAGGCUCAACAGGGAGCUGGCGAACAUGGUGGAGCUAGUGAAACAGCUGAAGUUGCCUCCAACAAAAGAGCCAGAGGCGGAGCGAGUGUGCGAGAAACACAGGGAGCCUCUGAAACUCUUCUGUGAGGAGGAACAACAAUUAAUCUGUUUGGUCUGCAGAGAGUCCUGGGCGCAUGGAGCUCACGCUGUGGUUCCCAUAGAGGAGGCUGCCCAGAAGUACAAGGAGCAAGUCAAGGCUCGACUGCAGGCUCUGAGGGAAGAGAGAGAAAAACUCCUGGGAUUUAAACUGACUGGUGAGAGGAGGAGCUGGGAGUAUCUGGAAAAGAUCAAAAAGGAGAGGCAGAGAAUUGGGUUUGAAUUUCAGCAGCUCCGCCAGUUUCUGGAGGAACAAGAGCGCCUCCUGCUGGCCCGGCUGGAAGAGUUGGACAGGAUUAUGAAGUGGCAAAAGGAAACGGUCACCAGAUUUCCCAUGGAGAUUUCCCAUCUUAAUAGCCUGAUCAGUGAGCUGGAGGGGAAGUGCCAGCAGCCAGCGAGUGAUUUCCUGCAGGACAUCAGGAUCACCUUGAGCAGGUGCGAGAUGUUCCAGCAGCCCACAGGGAUUUCUCUUGAGCUGGAAAAGAGACUCAGUGAUUUCUCUCAAAAAACUAUUGCUUUAAAGGAGACCCUGAGGAAAUUCAAAGACAUUCUGGCUCUGGGACUAGAGACUGGUGCAGGGAGAUCUCUAGCAUGGGGCGUGGACACCAUGGGAAGAAAGGCGAAUGUGACUCUGGAUCCAGACACGGCUCAUCCCCAGCUUGUCCUAUCUGCAGAUGGGAAAGGCGUGAGACGGGGACACGAGCAGCAGGAUCUGCCCGACAAUCCCGAGCGAUUCGAUUCCGUUCUCUCCGUGCUGGGCUGUGACGGGUUCGCCUCGGGCAGACACUACUGGGAGGUGGAGGUGGGCGUUGGGGGAAUCUGGUCGGUGGGGGUGGCCAGGGAGUCUGUAAGGAGGAAGGGACGGAUGAGCAAUUACCCUGAGCAAGAGAUCUGGGCUGUGGGUCACUGGGGUGGUCAGUACCGGGCUUACACCGCCUGUGAGACCAUUCUACCCCUGCCUACGAUCCCCAGGAGAAUCCGGGUGGCUCUGGACUAUGAAGGGGGGCGGGUGGCAUUUUUUGAUGUUGACAACAAGUUCCUGAUCUUCAUUUUCCCACCGGCCUCUUUCACUGGGGAGAGACUCUUCCCUUUCUUUUUGGCGGGAUCCCCACUCCGGCUGUGUCCCUGA